AUGACGGAUCGUUUCGCUCGCACAGACGGCUCGACAACUUCACCAUGCAACACAACGGCUGGGCUCUAUUGCGGAGGAACAUGGAGAGGAACUAUUGAUCGCCUCGACUAUAUACAAGGAAUGGGCUUCGAUGCUGUGAUGAUAUCCCCCAUUAUCGAAAAUGUCGAGGGUCGGGUUUACUAUGGUGAAGCCUAUCACGGAUACUGGCCGUUGAAUCUCUAUUCGCUGAACGCCCAUUUUGGGACAAAGCAAGACCUCCUUGACCUCAGCGAUGCUGUACACUCACGGGGAAUGUAUUUGAUGAUGGACACGGUCAUCAACAACAUGGCGUACAUCACCAACGGGAGCAAUCCGGCUACGAACAUCGACUACUCGGCCUUUACACCGUUCAACAAGGCUGAUUACUUCCAUCCCUACUGCAAAAUCACAGACUGGAACAACUAUACGAAUGCCCAACUUUGUCAAACAGGCGAUAAAUAUGUGCCUCUCCCUGAUCUCUUUACGGAGCACCAAGAUGUCCAAACCCUGCUUGAGGAUUGGGCACAGGAAACGAUGCACACUUAUUCUAUCGAUGGGCUUCGAAUUGACGCCGCCAAGCAUGUUAGCCCCGGGUUUUUGAAGAACUUUGAUAGCUCCACCGACGUGUUCAUGACCGGAGAAGUUCUUCAGAGGGAAGUCAGUACUGUCUGUGACUAUCAAAAGAAAUACAUUGGCAGUGUUCCGAACUACCCAAUCUACUUUUCAAUGUUGGAGGCGUUCACAAAGGGAAAUAUAUCCGAUCUCGCAUACAAAGUCAUUGAGAUGAAGACAUCUUGUCCGGACGUCACAGCCCUCGUUUCCUUUUCAGAAAAUCACGACGUUGAACGCAUUGCUAGUUUCAAUGACGACAUUACACUUGCCAAGAAUAUCCUGGUUUUUACGAUCCUUUUCGAUGGCAUACCGAUGAUUUAUCAAGGCCAGGAACAACAUUUGAAGGGCUCAGCAACUCCGCUGAACCGCCAGGCUCUCUGGCUUUCCAAAUACAACACAGAUUCCGUUCUUUACAAGCUGAUCGCGAAGCUCAAUGCCAUCAGAAAACAGGCUCAAAAGCUGGACAGCGACUAUGUGAAAAUCCAUUCCCGGGCCGUCUUCCAAGGUGGAAGUGAGCUUGCUUUUGUCAAGGGCACCGAAGGGCUUCAGGUUCUUCUUCUUCUUUCAAACCAGGGAGCAUCGGGUAAACCAUACUCCAUGACUUUGCCAUUUAGCUUCAAUGCUGGCACGCAUGUUACGGAGGUGCUUAAUUGCAAAAAUUACACCGUUGACAGCCAAGGCGAAUUGCAGGUAGACAUGGAUGCUGGAGAACCUCGUGUUUUCUACCCCACAAAAUAUCUCGAGGGCAGUGGCCUCUGUGGUUAUUCAUCUGCCAACAUCUCACUCGUCGAGCUCAAGACAGGCUACCAUGCUGCAAGCUCUCAUGGAUUCACUCUUCAUGGAAGCCUGAAGUCCACGACAUGGGCUCUGCUCGGUCUAUCAAGUAUGAUAGUCAUUGCACUAGCAGCAAUUUGA